AUGCUGGCCACGUACCAGCCCAGCGCACCACGAACACACAGCGCCACUGCCGCUGAUUUCUUGCCAAGGUCCGAGUGCGACUGGGCUAUCCCCAGGUUCGGGGAGUUGGACGAAGUGCUUGCAGGGCGUGUCUUGGGCAGCUACAUGUCGGGUACAACUACACACGUUCAUGAUCCUCAGCUUCAAGCUGUUCUUGCGGCUCCUGCAGCAAUGGUUGCGACAACCUCCGCUCAUCAAUAUCCAGAGCUGCCGCUGUUGGCAUGCACUUUCUCUCUAGGUGCUGCUGUUGCGGUAGUGGCUUCGCGGCUGGUGAACCACCGGCGGAGAGCCAUAUCUGUCAAAGCGGAGCGGUCUUGGCGUUUCGGGGCAGUGAGGCUGCAUUUGGUUGAUGGCAUUCGGGUCAGAGACAUGGACACCGUGGUGGUUUCCUCUCGCAAUAGCCUCUCCAAGACGAAGAAGGGCUUGCUGAGGUCCUCCAGUGGAACAGUGACGUACUCCAGCACCCAUCGCCUCAAGGUUGACUUGGAUGCACAAGAGAUCGCCUACAUCCUAGGUGAUGGAGUGCCAGGCGGUGGUCAUGCCUGGACACCCUCCAGGCUGGCUGUCGAAUUCAAAACACGCACUGGCAGACCUGGCGUGUGGAUGCACUACGACAUUGGGUUGUCGUCCUUCCUCCUCCUGUUUCCGAAGACGUUCGAAGUGUUCGGACCGGCGAACGAGUUUGUGCGCCUUGUGCGGAAGAACUGCCGGACUCUCCUUGACAACGUGGAGGAUGCGAUGGUGCGCUUGGCUAUGGGCCGCGAGGACGGACGGAUCCACUACAACAUAGCUGACAGCGCGUCCCAGGAUCCAGAAGACAAGUGGGUGAAGCACAUGAAUGACCUGAGCUUCGCCAGCGCCAGUCCCAAGGCUCACAUUCUACCUCGCCUGACCACUCACCGACUAAAAGCGGCGUACAUAAAGUCGAACGACUCGGCGGUGGCUCCGGAGAGGUGCCAUCACACGCCGCUUCCAUCAUUUCCUUCUUGCCUCUCGACGUCGGGCAUUCUGUGUUGUUCUGUUGAACGUUGGCACUUCACUUGUCCCGUGACAGAAGCACUCGUCCGCAACGGCUCAUGUACUUCCUUUUGA